AGGAGGGUUUAUAAAAGGAGCCUCGAGUCGCGCGCACUUCACUUCACUUCAGGAACAGCGCGUGCACAAGUCUUCAACCCGCACGAGAUCUACUACACGAUGGCUCCCUACACACUCACAUACUUCGCGGUCAAAGGCAGAUGUGGAGCCUUGAAGAUGAUGCUGGCCGACUAUGGGCAGCAACUGAAGGAGAACCUGGUGACCUUUGACGAUUGGAUGAAGGGGGAUAUAAAAGCCAGCUGUCUCUUUGGACAGUUGCCUAAAUUCCAGGAUGGGGACCUGGUCCUGUAUCAGUCCAAUACCAUGCUGAGGCAUUUGGGUCGCAAACAUGGUGCAUAUGGAAAAAACGACUGCGAGGCUUCUCUUAUCGACAUGAUGAACGACAGCGUUGAGGAUCUGCGCCUAAAAUAUAUUAAGCUGAUCUACCAGGAAUACGAGACUGGUAAAGAAGCGUUCAUCAAAGAUCUGGCCAACCAUCUCAAACCAUUUGAAGCCAUUCUGGCCAAAAACAAAUCUGGCUUCCUGGUCGGUGAUCAGAUCUCAUUUGCGGACUACAACCUGUUCGACCUUCUGCUGAAUCUUAAAGUCCUUUCCUCCACCUGUCUGGACUCCUUCCCAGCGCUCAAGAGCUUCGUGGAUAAGACUUCAGCCCGGCCCAAAGUCAAAGCCCUGCUGGAGUCUGACGACUUCAAGAAAAUGCCCAUCAAUGGCAAUGGCAAACAGUAAUUCCUCAGCUCUACACAACAUUCUCAAACAACGGCACUUUCUGUUAAAAGGCCUUAACUGGUGCUCUGUGAUUUAGCUAAAUAUCUCACGUCUUUGUAGGAAUAUGUAUUUUGUAUCUUUAACUGUUUUUGAUGGUGUUUACUAACAGAAACUAGUGUCAAUUAUUAUGAAUAAAAAAAAAAUUAAACAUCCAGAA